CUAAGCAAGUGGCUGACAGCAUACAGAUUAACUUAGGACAAACUAGAGGCCAGACAUUCCAGAACAAAAGAAUAAAUGCUGGUCUUAUGAAAAAUGUGGUCAAUGUGCAAGCCAUGCUACGGACACACCAUGCGUACAAAUUCAUGAAAAACAUACGCGGCUCUCCAGCCUUUUGGAACUCUGUGCUCCUUGACCUCCUGGCUAUGGUACGUCAGCUGGGAAUUCCUACCUGGUUUCUAACUCUCUCAGCAGCAGACAUGCAGUGGCCGGAAGUUAUCCGGAGUAUCGCUCACCAGUAUGGAACAUAUCUCACAGACGACGAUGUCAAGAACAUGUCUUGGGAACAGAAAUGUAAAUGGCUCCGCUCCAACCCUGUAACGGCAGCCCGCCAAUUCAACCACAGACUUAACCUUUUCUUCAAGGAGGUCAUAGGAGGACAAUGCCAUCCAAUCGGUGAACUUCAAGACUACAUGAUAAGGAUAGAGUUUCAAGCCAGAGGAUCCCCACAUGCACACACUAUUCUGUGGAUGAAGAAUGCUCCGAAGGUUGGAGUUGAUAGUGACGAAGACGUUAUAAACUUCAUCAAUCAACAUCAAACAUGUACAAUUCCGGACGAAAAGGAAGACGACUUGAGGCAGUUGGUAUUGUCUCUACAAAAACAUGUCCAUUCAAAAACAUGUAGACGGAACGGAUUGUGCAGGUUCAGAUUUCCUCAUCCACCAAGCAAACAUACCAUCAUCGGUAGACCUUCAACUGAGACGGAUGCGACAAUGGUAACAAAAGAACUGCAAGCUAAGGAAGAUGUGCUCCGAAAAGUGAGAACCAUCAUGGAAGACAAAAACACAUCUCCUGACAUAUCAUUAGAGAACUUGUUGCAAAAAGCCAAGGUAAAUCAACACGAAUACCAACAGGCAUUGAAACUAACAAGGUCAGGCGAGCAGAUCAUUCUAAAACGGCAACCUUCUGAAUCUACAUCAAUCACUUUAAUCCCACGAUCUUGAAGCUUUGGCGGGCCAACAUGGAUAUUCAGUACAUGUUAGAUGCUUACUCGUGCAUAAUGUACAUAACAAGUUACAUGGUAAAAGCAGAACGAGCCAUGAGUGAGCUCCUACAAAAAGUGUUGGAGGAAAGUAAGGCCGAAGACUUGAAAUCAAAACUGAGAAAGGUUGGGUCAGCGUUUCUUAACAACAGAGAGGUGAGCGCACAGGAGGCAGUCUACAGAUUACUAUCUCUACCACUACAAAGAAAAAGCAGACAAGUAGUCUAUAUCAACACUGCCACAAGAGACAAACGCGUAUCAAUGCUCAAUCAUCGACAUGUCCUUGAAAGUAUGGAUGACAACGACGACAAUAUCUUCUGCACUUCGGCCCUUGACAGGUACGCGUCCCGACCGAGUGAACUUGAAGAAAUGUCCUACGCUGAAUUUAGAGCCACCUACAACACUAGUGUAGGGGAUCCACCUGACGGAGAAACUGACCACAUUCCAGAUGUGCUAGAUGGCCCAGACGACAAUGAAAGGGACGACCAAGACGGCAUACAGAGGCAUCCACUUGUCAUCAAGUUGCGAAACAACCUAGGCAACAUGAAGAGGCGCAGACAAUACUGCAUAAUCAGGUAUGUCAUUAACUUCACCAAUUGCACAGAUCUGUUUGUAUAAAAUCACCCAUUAUCUACAUUACUGCAAAGUAUCGAUGAUAAUACUUGAAUGACAAGCGGGGCGCAACUAGCCUGAGUACCAUCCUAUUUCUACCGGGGCUCCUUACACUCACAUCCCUAAAAAAUAUUAUUAUUUAGUGUAACGGUAGAAUACAAUAUGAAUGGUACCCAGGCUAGGGCACAACCCUUUUUAGCAUUUUUUUUUCUAAAAAUGGGCGUGGCCAUAUAGCUCUCGAUGACGUAAUCAUGACGUCAUACCAAUUCGCAUAAAUUAUCUUUAGACAAUAAGGUACCACCUGAAAAAAAUCAAGGUCCAUGCAUUAUUCAAGAUGGUAUUUUCAGAACCCCCCCCCCCCCCAAGGGCUCAGGCACCACUCUUUAGGACCUUAAAUGACACUAAAACAACAUCAAAAUUUACCUCAUUGAGAAGUCCUUUGCAUUUGGUCAUUUCAGCAUUGGUAUUCAACAUGCUAACCAUGCUAUGUA